UUAGGCAGUUUAAUCAAUCGAGAUUCGCUCACCUACUUAACGUCACCAAUGUAAAGAUUUCCUUCAAGAAAUCUUAGGGAAAACAAAAGAAAAGAGAAAUUUUUUUUCCUAAUGGUCAUUUCAAAUCCAUCUGGAUUUUGGACCAAAAUAGCUCCGUCCCUAGUCAGCACCGUCCCUUUAAUUCUCCUAUAUAUACACACACUUCCCUUUUGCAAGCUUCUCACACUAAUCUUGUUUGCUUCCUGUCUAGUCACAGCUGCUCGUAACUGUUCUUGAAAGGAGUUUCAUUCAAGAAUAGUCUUUUUUCUUGUUUCCUGGCUUUUCUUGAGUUUUCCUUAUCUGGGUUCUUUUUGUUUCCUUUGAGGCUUUUUAUUAUUAUUAUUCUUUAGGCAUUAACCAUGAAUGCUCUUGCUGCUACAAGCCGUAAUUUCAGACAUGCUGCCCGCCUUCUUGGUCUGGACUCUAAAGUUGAGAAGAGUCUUUUGAUCCCUUUUAGAGAGAUCAAGGUGGAGUGCACAAUUCCCAAGGAUGAUGGGACUCUAGUGUCUUAUGUUGGGUUUAGAGUGCAACAUGAUAAUGCUCGUGGGCCCAUGAAAGGAGGGAUUAGAUAUCAUCCUGAGGUUGACCCUGAUGAAGUAAAUGCCCUGGCUCAAUUAAUGACAUGGAAGAGUGCUGUAGCAGACAUACCAUAUGGUGGAGCUAAAGGAGGGAUUGGAUGCAACCCAGGGGAUUUGAGUAAAAGUGAGUUAGAACGUCUAACCCGUGUCUUCACCCAGAAGAUCCACGAUCUCAUUGGUGUCCACACAGAUGUUCCAGCACCAGACAUGGGCACUAAUGCCCAGACCAUGGCAUGGAUAUUGGACGAAUACUCAAAAUUCCAUGGUCACUCACCUGCUGUUGUGACAGGGAAGCCCAUAGAUCUUGGUGGAUCACUGGGUAGGGAGGCUGCAACUGGGCGUGGAGUUGUUUUCGCUACAGAAGCUUUACUUGCUGAACAUGGGAAGUCCAUCAAAGAUUUGACAUUUGCAAUACAGGGUUUUGGAAACGUGGGGUCCUGGGCAGCGAAGCUCAUAUAUGAGAGAGGUGGGAAAGUUAUCGCUGUGAGCGACAUCACUGGUGCAGUUAAGAAUCCAAAUGGAAUUGAUAUUCCGGAAUUGCUCAGGCAUAAAGAAACCACUGGUAGUUUGAAAGAUUUCCAGGGCGCAGAAUCCAUGGAUGCCAACGAACUGCUCAUUCAUAAAUGUGAUGUCCUUAUCCCAUGUGCUUUGGGUGGAGUACUAAACAGGGAAAAUGCUGCAGAUGUGAAGGCCAAGUUCAUUAUAGAGGCAGCAAACCAUCCUACCGAUCCAGAAGCUGACGAGAUUUUAGCAAAGAAAGGAGUCGUGGUACUUCCUGACAUAUAUGCAAAUUCUGGAGGUGUCACUGUCAGCUACUUUGAAUGGGUUCAGAAUAUUCAAGGUUUUAUGUGGGAUGAGCAGCAAGUGAACAAGACUCUUCAGAACUACAUGACUCGAGCCUUCCAUAACAUCAAGAGCAUGUGCCAGACACAUGAUUGCAAUCUUCGGAUGGGUGCGUUCACUCUCGGUGUAAGCAGAGUUGCAAGGGCCACUCUGUUAAGGGGAUGGGAAGCAUAAGUCGUCUCCUCAAGCUACAGCUUUUUUUUUUUUGUCUCGUUUAUCGUCUUACAGCUGAAGUCACCAAUCCAUUAUUACAAAAAUGUAUUCAUUGGGAGUUGUUCAGGACUUGAAAUUCUUCCCAUCUACCAAAAUAAGAUGCUAUCAUUAUUACAGCUAUUGAUUUCGACACUUGAAAUAUGCUGUGAUCUUCAA